AUGAUAUUCUUUGCCAUUUUCAUUCUUUUCAAUCAACCAGCAGAUUGUGACGGUGUGCAAAUUGUUCAAUGCUCGAAUGCAGCUGCACCACCGCGUCCAUCCUUGCCAGCUGAUUAUUGUCGGGACUUGGAUAGUGCCGCAUGUAGUGCCAUAUUCCCGUGGACUCAAGAAAUUAUCGACAGCAUGCUAAAUCCGUAUGUGCCAAUAUCAUCUUUAGUCCUUUUUUAA